CCCACCGUGCUGUGCCGUGCACACUGUGACAUAAUGUUUGUUUAUACGCUUGCGCUUUUUGCUGCCGUAUUGUUCCUGGUGCUGCGGUACAUUUAUUCCCACUGGGAACGGCAUGGACUGCCACACCUGAAGCCGGAGAUUCCUUACGGCAAUAUACGCACCGUUGCGGAAAAGAAGGAAUCAUUCGGAAUCGCCAUCAACAACCUUUACCACCGGUCAUCGGACCGUUUGCUGGGCCUGUACCUGUUCUUCCGGCCCGCUAUCCUCAUCCGUGAUCCACACCUAGCCAAACGUAUCAUGGUGAACGACUUCCAGAACUUUCACGAUCGCGGCGUGUACUGUAACGAACAGCGUGAUCCCUUCUCGGCCAAUCUGUUCGCCCUAGCGGGCCAGCGCUGGAAGAACUUGCGUGCGAAGCUAACGCCAACCUUCACCUCGGGUCAGCUGCGUAACAUGUUGCCCACGCUAAUGGACGUCGGUGGCAAGCUGAUCAAACGGAUGGACAAAGUGGCGGACGAGAAAUCGAUCGUGGACAUGCGUGACAUUGCGUCACGGUUCGUGCUCGACAUCAUUGCUUCCGUGUUCUUCGGAUUCGAAGCGAACUGUAUCCACAACUCGGAAGAUCCGUUCCUGAAGACACUGCGUGCGACGAACCAGCGUCGCAGCUUUGUCGAUAACUUUCGCUCGUCGGGUGUGUUUAUCUGCCCAGGGCUGCUGAAGCUUACCGGUCUUACCUCACUUAACCCGGAGAUAAUCAAGUUCGUGAUGGACAUCAUCACGUACCAGAUCGAUCAUCGCGAGAAGAGUCAGAUCACCCGUAAAGACUUCGUUCAGCUGCUAAUUGAUUUGCGCCGUGAGGCGGGCUCCAACUCCGAGGAGGCGCUCUCCAUCGAACAGUGUGCUGCGAAUGUGUUUCUGUUCUACAUUGCCGGGGCGGAGACGUCUACCGCAACGAUAUCGUUUACGCUGCACGAACUUUCCCACAAUCCGGAAGCGAUGGCGAAAUUGCAGCAAGAAGUAGACGAGAUGAUGGAACGCUACAAUGGCGAAAUUACGUACGACAACAUCAAGGAGAUGAAGUAUUUGGACCUUUGCUUGAAGGAAACGCUCAGGAAGUAUCCGGGCUUGCCGAUAUUGAAUCGAGAGUGUACGAUUGAUUACCGGGUACCGGAUAGCGAUGUCGUAAUUCAGAAAGGAACUCAAGUUAUCAUUCCACUGUUGAGCAUCAGUAUGAAUGAAAAGUACUUCCCAGAUCCGGAACUUUACUCCCCAGAGAGGUUCGAUGAGGCCACGAAGAAUUACGAUCAAGAUGCAUACUAUCCGUUCGGGGCUGGACCACGCAAUUGCAUUGGUCUUCGGCAAGGUGUUCUUGUGUCCAAGAUUGGUCUUGUCCUGUUGCUAUCCAAGUACAACUUCAAAUCGACCACACCAGCAAAAGUGAAGUUUGCAGCGGCAACAGUAGGUCUCACACCCGAGGGAGGUUUCCCGAUGCGAGUGGAGCACAGGAAGUGAAGCGCUUCUCCAUUGAUUGUGAUAAGAUAAGGAUAAGGUUAUAAAUAUAGACUGCGAAUUAGUAU